GGUUUCACUGCACCUCCUUCUGGGGAGUUCCCGCCGGGAGUGAUGAUCGAUCCCGAGUCCCAUCACCAUCAGAACCAGCACCAUCACACCUCCCCAAGCGUCGGCUCCCUCACACCCAAAGGCACUCAGGAGGCCCCGGACAUGGCGGCGGCGUACUGCGACAGUCUUAGCGGCAUGUACCAUCAUCACCAUCAUCACCACCACCACCAACAGCAGCAGAACCUGCAGACCCCCACCCACCGAGCAGCCGGAUUCGGCCUCGGGGAGUACGCAUCCCCGUCUAGUCCUUACCUGUGGGGCGUCAACCCUCCCUCGUCUUACCUGCACGCCAGCAGCCCCGCCGCGCCCUUCGCCCCGCCCUCGUACGGCUCGCAGCGGCAGUUCCUCGCCGCCAGCUCGCCGGCCUUCGGCGGCCCAGAGCUUGGCUGGCUGUCGGUGGCGAGCCAGGAGGAGCUGCUGAAGCUGGUCCGGCCUCCGUACUCGUAUUCGGCUCUCAUCGCCAUGGCCAUCCAGAACGCCCAGGACAAGAAGCUGACCCUGAGUCAGAUUUACCAGUACGUGGCUGACAACUUCCCCUUCUACAAGAAGAGCAAGGCCGGUUGGCAGAACUCCAUCAGGCACAACCUGUCACUCAACGACUGCUUCAAGAAGGUGCCCAGGGACGAGGACGAUCCCGGAAAAGGGAACUAUUGGACGUUGGACCCCAACUGUGAGAAGAUGUUUGACAACGGAAACUUCCGCAGGAAGCGGAAGCGAAGGUCUGAUGCCAGCGGGUCAGGAGGGGUGACAGGGACGGGGGCCACCAAGGUGGAGGAUGGCGGUGCGGCGAUGAGUUCCACGCCGAAGCCUGCCGACAGCCCCCAGCUGCUGGGGCCGCCCUCGCCGGACAUGGAGGCCCUGAGCGAGAACCUGAAGGCGGCGUCGCCGUGCUUCAACAACUUUUACGGCAGCAUGUCGUCUCUCGGCUCGGGGGGCCCGAACAGGCAGGGUCCACUGGGACUGCUCAACGAGCUGUCCAACAGGAACAUUACGGCCCUGGGGGGCGCCUACCACGGCAACCAUGGCGGGCAAGACGUGGGGCCGCCCGAGCAUCACAGCGACGGCCUGCAUUUCAACCGUGGAGUUUACUACAACACCUUCGGAGGGGGGCAGGGCGGACAGUUUAACGGCCACUUGUACAACAGCUUCAGCGUCAACAGCCUCAUCUAUCCCCGCGACGGCGCUGAACUAUAGGGGUCAGCGAGGUCACGGCUAGCGGCCUGCAGAGACCAGGUACACUCACUGGACACUUGAUUAGGUACACCUGCCCCAAUCAUAAUGCACAGUUCAGGUGUUAUUUUAACAAUAUGUUUAAUAUUGUUGUUCUGCAUCAUACUGGGACCUGGUUCUAAUAUUUUGGUUGUCUUAUUAAGCUACAUGAGAGGGUCAAAAUGUUAUAAACAAUACUAAUUAACAUAUUGUUAAAUUAACCUUGUCUUGAAAUGGUGCAGGUGUCCCUAAUGAAGUGUCCAGUGAGUGUUGUUAGCCGAGCUUUAUUUAGUGACCACGCCAACAAGCACUUAUCUCCUCCCUUUGUUUAUAUAUGAUUUUUUUUAAUAUGUUAAACGUGGUUAGAUGUGUGCUUAUGUAUGUUCUUACUCCCAUUUCUUUUUCUUUUGUCUUCGUUCAUUAGCGCAGUCCAAUUAGUCACAUACAAAUCCACUUUAGUCUUGUUUACAGCAGUAAAUAUACAUUCAGUAUGUUGCCAAAUGUUUUUAUUAAAACUUCUGCUUUGUGGCGGCCAAACCAACGAAAGCAAAAAAAAAAAAGACAAACAUGUUCAAACCUGCCAAAGUUGCCUUUUAUUGAAGGGCAGAGGAAGGCGGGAGGUCGCCUCACGUUACCUCACAAAGAUGUCACCUCUCAGCUUCUCAUGCAGUAAACAUGACGCUCACACAACGUGACUGAAAGGACAGCUCUACGCCUCAUUCUAAUAUAAAUAAUAAUAACACAAAUCCUCCUUAAAUGUGUGUUUAUGUCAAAUAUAGUUUGGAAAUAUUUAUGCUAUUUAUGCUGAUAGGCAUUUUUUUCUACUCUUGUCUGAACAUAGUUUGAUAAAAGACGUCCUAUAUGACGUUCUUUUAUAUCAAUCACUGCUACAGUAUAUGAUGCUUUCUCAGGAUGCACUGACAGCUUUUAUAUCG